AUGAGUGAAUUAGUUUGGGGAAUUAAAAACGGCGAUAUCGAUCAAGUAAAAGACAUAGUAGAAAACAAGAAAAUUGAUGUCAAUGCACUAAUUGAUGGAAGGGUCCCUCUUCACUAUGCUGCUGACUAUGGUCAGACAGCUGUUUUGAACUAUUUGCUGGACAAAGGAGCAGACCCUAAUAUGUUGGACAAACAUGGCAUUUCAGUACUGUUAGCAGCAAUUUGGGAAGGUCACACCGACUGUGUUAAAACAUUACUCAAAAAUGGUGCGUCUAAAAAUGGAAAGACCCCAGAUGGAACACCAUACAUCGAAGCUGCAGAAAAAGAUGAAAUCAAGGAACUUCUCACAUAG